GCGCAGGGGCGUGGCCGUAGCGCGCAGGCGUUCUAACUGCGGGUUCCUGCGUCUCAGGAUGGAGGGUCUUGCAGUUCAUUUGAAGAACAGAGGCACAUUAUAAAAUCCAACAUUUCCAGCUGCAUUCUGUGAGAAAAAUGGAUAUUACAAGUCCCCCAACUUCCAAAUGCAUCACCUACUGGAAAAGAAAAGUGAAAUCCGAGUAUAUGCGGCUUCGGCAGCUCAAACGGCUUCAGGCAAAUAUGGGUGCAAAGGCUUUGUAUGUGGCAAAUUUUGCAAAGGUUCAAGAAAAAACCCAGAUCCUCAAUGAAGAAUGGAAGAAGCUUCGAGUGCAGCCCGUUCAGCCGAUGAAGCCUGUGAGUGGACACCCUUUUCUCAAAAAGUGUACCAUAGAGAGCAUUUUCCCGGGUUUUGCCAGCCAGAACAUGUUGAUGAGGUCUCUGAACACUGUUGCGCUGGUUCCCAUCAUGUAUUCCUGGUCCCCUCUCCAGCAGAACUUCAUGGUGGAAGAUGAGACGGUUUUGUGCAAUAUUCCCUACAUGGGUGACGAGGUGAAGGAAGAAGAUGAGACUUUCAUCGAGGAGCUGAUCAAUAACUACGAUGGCAAAGUUCAUGGGGAAGAAGAGAUGAUCCCUGGGUCUGUUCUGAUCAGUGAUGCUGUCUUUCUGGAGCUGGUGGAUGCCCUCAAUCAGUACUCAGAUGACGAAGAGGAAGGGCACAAUGACACCUCCGAUGGGAAGCAAGAUGACAGCAAAGAAGAUCUGCCAGUAACACGAAAGCGGAAACGCCAUGCCAUGGAAGGCAACAAAAAGAACUCCAAGAAGCAGUUUCCAAAUGACAUGAUCUUCAGUGCCAUUGCUUCAAUGUUCCCUGAGAAUGGCGUCCCCGAUGACAUGAAGGAGAGGUAUCGAGAGCUGACAGAGAUGUCCGACCCCAAUGCACUUCCCCCUCAGUGCACACCCAACAUUGAUGGCCCCAACGCCAAGUCAGUGCAGCGGGAGCAGUCUCUGCACUCUUUCCAUACCCUCUUUUGCCGGCGCUGCUUUAAAUACGACUGCUUCCUCCACCCUUUCCACGCCACUCCUAACGUAUAUAAACGCAAGAACAAAGAAAUCAAGAUCGAACCAGAACCAUGUGGCACAGACUGCUUCCUUUUGCUGGAAGGAGCAAAGGAGUAUGCCAUGCUCCAUAACCCUCGGUCCAAGUGCUCUGGGCGCCGGCGGCGAAGGCACCAUGUGGUCAGUGCGUCCUGCUCCAACACAUCUGCCUCUGCUAUGGCUGAGACUAAAGAAGGAGACAGUGACAGGGACACAGGCAAUGACUGGGCCUCCAGCUCUUCAGAGGCUAACUCUCGCUGUCAGACCCCCACAAAACAGAAAGCCAGUCCAGCCCCACCUCAGCUCUGUGUUGUGGAAGCCCCCUCGGAGCCAGUGGAGUGGACCGGGGCUGAAGAAUCUCUUUUCCGAGUCUUCCAUGGCACCUACUUCAACAACUUCUGCUCGAUAGCCAGGCUUCUGGGGACAAAGACAUGCAAGCAGGUCUUUCAGUUUGCAGUCAAGGAGGCCCUUAUCCUGAAACUGCCAACAGAUGAGCUCAUGAACCCUUCCCAGAAGAAGAAAAGGAAACACAGGUUGUGGGCCGCACAUUGCAGAAAAAUUCAGCUGAAGAAAGAUAACUCUUCUACACAGGUGUAUAACUACCAACCCUGUGACCACCCGGACCGUCCCUGUGACAGCACCUGCCCCUGCAUCAUGACCCAGAAUUUCUGUGAGAAGUUCUGCCAGUGCAGCCCAGACUGCCAGAACCGUUUUCCCGGUUGUCGCUGUAAGACUCAGUGCAAUACCAAGCAGUGUCCUUGCUAUCUGGCAGUGCGGGAGUGUGACCCUGACUUGUGCCUCACCUGUGGGGCCUCAGAGCACUGGGACUGCAAGGUGGUGUCUUGCAAAAACUGCAGCAUCCAGCGUGGCCUCAAAAAGCACCUGCUGCUGGCCCCUUCUGAUGUGGCCGGAUGGGGCACCUUCAUCAAGGAGUCUGUGCAGAAGAAUGAAUUCAUUUCUGAAUAUUGUGGUGAGCUCAUCUCUCAGGAUGAGGCUGAUCGGCGAGGGAAGGUCUAUGAUAAAUAUAUGUCCAGCUUCCUCUUCAACCUCAACAAUGAUUUUGUAGUGGAUGCUACCCGGAAAGGAAACAAAAUUCGCUUUGCAAACCAUUCAGUGAACCCCAACUGUUAUGCCAAAGUGGUCAUGGUGAACGGAGAUCACCGCAUUGGGAUCUUUGCCAAGAGAGCAAUUCAGGCUGGUGAAGAGCUCUUCUUUGAUUAUAGGUACAGCCAAGCUGAUGCCCUCAAGUAUGUAGGCAUCGAGCGGGAGACCGACGUCUUCUAGCCCCCGGGCCCUCUGGCAGUGCUGUGGUAGCAGCGCUGUCUUGACUUCAGGCACACACCACUGCUGCUCCAGCUCCUGCAAUGUCUUCCAUGCUGAGAACCCCACCCACUCCUGUAACUAGGCCUCCACUGUAUUCCAAGGAGACACACACAGCCUCAGUGCGAAGGGAAGCAGGCGGAGAAGACCUGGUCUCCCAGGGGAGUUCAGAUGAGAGAAGCUGCCCCUCCAGAUCAGAGGAGGCCAAGGGCUGGGGUGGAUAGCGAUGCUCGAUUUCUCCUCAGCUCCCAAACUGUGGGCCUCAGGAACCAACCAGCACUGCCAUUUUAGCUUUCCCAGUCAGGAGUGCUUGUGUCCCUGGCUCUCAGGCAUUGCUAAGUGAAGCCAGGUCCCUGGAGCCUGCAGGCGCUCAGGGUUAGAGGCGAGCCUGACAGACAUUACAGACAGAACUCAGAGGGAAACGUGUCUCUGUGACAUCAAAGCAGAAAUUGAAGACUGCAGGAGGGAAAGCUAAGUGCCACCCUCCUGUGGACAGAGGGGGAGCCAGUCAGAGCCCAGGCCCCAGAGGCUUGGAAAGACCUGUCUCAUAGACUGUGGGGUAGCAGGGCAUCAUCAGACUCAGCAGUAGGCGGCAGUGACCCAGCUCCUUCCAAAGUUCCAGCUCAGUGGUAGCAGGCCUAGGCUGCUGAGCAUGGGCUGAGUCUGGCUGGGAGUAAGCACUCUGCUCACUAAGCUGCACUUGUCCUCAGGCCCUUCCAUCCCUCAAAGCUAGGUCCUUUCUUCAGGGUAGCUGGGUCUAGUCUAGACUAGAGAGGAGAGGUCACUGUGUGGUUUACUGUCUGUAUAGCUGCUGGUGGGGUGUUCGAAGAUGUGGGGGUUCUGCAGCACAUUGAGCAGGGUAUCACAGUGCAGGCAGACUACCGUUCUCUCUGAGAUCCAUGCAGAACAAAGCACUUUAACUUUCUCUUAGAAGGUCUGUAGAUUGGAAUGGAGUUUGAGCCAAGGUCUCUGGGGUUCCUGCCCAAAUCCCACCUCUGAAGGAGGAAGAGGAGAGUGGAAGAUUCUCCAGUUCUGUGUCACCUGUGAGAGGCAGGAGGAGCUGAUUGACACAAGAACCGAAACUGUAGACCCAGCUGCCUUGGGUCUGGUGUGCUAGAACAGGGGCGUUGUUCUGGGUAGAAAGGACCCAGGCAGGUACAGACGCCUUGGGAGUUAGAACCAGAGCUUUUCCCAUGGUUCUUGCUGACCACUCCCCUCUCCCCACCCCACAGUGCUUGUCCCACCAAAGAAGCCAGGCUCCCUUUGGCCAUACUGCCUCUUAGGGAAUUGCAUGGGACAUGCAUGCUUGUGCACAUACACACUCCCUCACCACACUGGUAGGCACAUGUACCUCACACUCAGCACACACCCAACAGCUCCUGACAGUAGCCUCUCCCCACCCUGCAGUUGGGCCAGUGCACACCACAGUUCUGAAACUGGCAUCUGCCGGUGGUUUGUGUCUGUUGUGUGUAUCAGGGAUACCCUCGAGCCCAACUGGAGGCUCUGAAUUACUCACUCUUUCUUUGGGGAAACCAGAGACAGGUGGACAAGGGCCUAACCGUAAGGAAUGUUUUAAAACAUGUCGGUUCUAGACUGCCCUGAGCCUUCCCUCAGCAAGCAUCACUGGCAGCCCCUAAUACUCUGCUCCUCCAGCCGCUGUUCUUGGUCCCUGCUGUCCUCUGUUUUAAUGACGGGUCCCAACCGUCCUCCUGACCUCUGCCCCACCUCACAUAAGAUGACGGAUCCAGAGAGGUGGUGUGGACAGGUGGGGAGCUGGUGUACAUGUGGCUUUAUUGCCAGGGAAUUUCUUGCACUUUAAAGUCCUGUGGCUUGUGACCUCUUAUCUAAUAAAGUGUUAGAAUCCA